AUGACUGAAGCCAAACAAGAUUUAAUUGAAUUAUCAACAAAUCCUUUAGAUGUAUGGAUAAAUACACAUUAUGAUGAAUUGUGUGCAGGUAUGACGUGUAAAAAUGCUCUAUUCUGCAAACCAUCAGACAUGAAAGACAAGAAUUUUCAAAUGAGUAUUAAGGAUAAAUGUGAUAGGAAACAUAGAAGAAUAGACGAUAAACAAACAUGGUGUUAUGUUUUGAAAGAAGAAAUGAAAGGAUUAUAUAAACAGGUUGAACUAAACGAUAAUGAGGAUUCAUUUACUGACGAUGAAAUACCUGUAAAUGAAGCUUUAUAA